AUGACGACUGACACGGGCUUCUUUCGAGGGAACUCGCUGGGGUUAACUUCGCUGCUGACGUUCGCCAUCUUGUCGUUGGCAUGGUUCGUUGGAUUCGCUUCGAGACUAUUCGCCAUUGUCCGAUUCGAGUCGAUUAUUCAUGAGUUCGAUCCAUGGUUCAAUUACCGUGCAACCGCCCACAUGGUUCAACAUGGGUACUAUAAUUUUCUCAACUGGUUCGAUGAGCGAGCGUGGUAUCCUCUUGGAAGAAUCGUCGGUGGAACGGUGUAUCCGGGUUUGAUGGUCACAUCGGGUCUCAUCCACUGGAUUCUUGAUACACUGAAUUUCCAUGUCCACAUCAGGGAAAUUUGUGUGUUCCUGGCACCAACGUUCUCGGGCUUGACUGCGAUUGCCACGUAUUUUCUAACGAAGGAAUUGUGGUCACCUGGCGCUGGUUUGUUUGCUGCUUGCUUCAUUGCCAUCUCACCCGGAUAUACAAGCCGUUCUGUGGCUGGUUCCUAUGACAAUGAGGGAAUUGCCAUUUUCGCCCUUCAGUUCACUUACUAUUUAUGGGUGAAGUCUCUGAAAACUGGCUCAGUGAUGUGGGCUUCCUUCUGCGCGCUUUCUUAUUUCUAUAUGGUAUCGGCUUGGGGAGGCUAUGUGUUCAUCAUCAAUCUUAUUCCUCUGCAUGUUGUUGCUCUGAUUCUAAUUGGUGAGUUUACAAUUCUUGGACCGUCUGAAGAGGCAGCUCUUAUUUGCUACUUUGAAGGUCGAUAUUCGUCACGUCUGUUCGUCGCUUAUACCACCUUCUACUGUCUUGCCACAGUAUUAUCGAUGCAGAUUCCUUUCGUCGGCUUUCAACCUGUCCGCACAUCCGAGCAUAUGCCUGCAUUUGGCGUCUUCGGUCUUCUUCAGAUUGUUGCCGCAAUGCAGUACGCUCGUCAACGUAUAUCGCGUCAGCAGUUUAUGACGCUAUUCGUUGGUGGACUAACUGCAGUUGGUUGCCUAGCAUUCGUCGUGUACUUUGCUCUGGUUUGGGGAGGUUACGUUGCUCCGUUUUCCGGUCGUUUCUAUUCCCUAUGGGACACUGGCUAUGCCAAGAUUCAUAUUCCUAUCAUCGCGUCAGUCUCCGAGCAUCAACCCACGACUUGGGUAUCGUUUUUCUUUGACCUUCAAAUCACAGCUGCCGUGUUUCCAGUAGGAGUGUGGUACUGUGUGAAGAAUGUGAAUGACGAGCGUGUCUUCAUUAUCCUUUACGCUGUGACUGCUGUGUACUUUGCUGGUGUGAUGGUUCGUCUCAUGUUAACACUUACUCCAGCUGUAUGUGUAUUGUCAGGAAUUGCCUUCUCCUACACUUUCGAAAAAUAUCUACGUGAUGAUGAAAAGUCUUCGACGAAAUCUGAUUCGGAUCGCCAGAUGUACGACAAAGUGACAAAGAAAGGAAAGACUGCUGCAUCAUCUGAUUCGUCUGAUGACUCCGUUGGAGUCAACACACGAUCGCUAGUGAGCGUUGUACUGGUGCUCUUCCUUCUAAUGUUUGUCGUUCACGCAACAUAUGUGACCAGCAACGCUUACUCUCAUCCUUCUGUCGUACUUCAGAGCUCUAAUAGUCAAGGUGAUCGCAUCAUUAUGGAUGAUUUCCGUGAGGCAUACCACUGGUUGAGCGAGAACACAGCUGAUGAUGCGAGAAUAAUGUCGUGGUGGGAUUAUGGGUAUCAGAUUGCUGGAAUGGCAAAUCGGACUACUCUAGUUGACAACAACACUUGGAAUAACUCGCAUAUCGCUUUGGUUGGAAAAGCCAUGUCGUCAAGUGAACCGGCCGCUUAUGAAAUCAUGCGAGAACUGGAUGUUGAUUAUGUACUGGUGAUUUUCGGCGGAGUGAUUGGUUAUUCCGGUGACGAUAUCAACAAGUUUUUGUGGAUGGUUCGAAUUGCUGAAGGAGAGCAUCCAAAAGAGAUCAAGGAAGCAAAUUACUUCACAGAAUCGGGUGAAUACAGCGUGGGAGCUCAGGCAUCGGAAACAAUGCUGAACUGUUUGAUGUACAAAAUGUCGUACUAUCGUUUCGCUGAUGUGAGGAUGGGUUACAAUCAAGAAGGGUUUGAUCGAACCCGUGGAUAUGUGAUUGGAAAGAAGGAUAUCACCUUAGAGUACAUUGAGGAAGCUUUCACAUCAGAGAAUUGGCUGGUGCGCAUAUACAAAGUGAAGCAUCCUGAAAAUAGACCAGUUAUUAAGAGGAGUGAGAGACAGAUCGUGGUGGAUACUAAGAAAGUCUCCAAGGGCAAGAACAAGCGAGGAGUGUUCCGCAACCAGCCGGAGGUGAAGAAAGGCACAAAGCUGGCUAUGUGA